CAAGUACCAACUUUUGGAGGCAGGGAAAAUGCAUGUGAAAAAACCUCCUACAUGUUUCUGAGGAAAGAACUGGCAGUGAGGUUGGCCAAUACGAUGAGGGAAGUCACCUUGUUACCCACCAAUCUUCAGAGCCAGCCAUCCGUCAAACUGGUCGAGUCCUGGUACAGCCAGAGCUUUGAAGAGCUGUUAGAGUACGAGACAAGAAGUCCGGAGGAUCCCCGCACCCUUUAUGACUUCCUAGAGAUCCUGAUUAAGAUUCAGAACAGGCACAAUGACGUGGUGCCCACUAUGGCCCAGGGUGUCAUCGAAUACAAAGAGAAGUUUGGUUUUGACCCCUUCAUCAGCAGCAAUGUGCAGUACUUUCUUGACCGCUUCUACACCAACCGCAUUUCUUUCCGCAUGCUCAUCAACCAGCACACUCUUCUGUUUGGUGACACUGCUUGUCUUGCGCAACCAAAACACAUCGGAAGCAUCGACCCAGCAUGCAACGUUGCUGAGGUGGUGAGAGAUGCAUAUGAGACAGCAAAGAUGCACUGUGAGCAGUACUACAUGACAGCUCCUGAACUGAAGAUCGGGGAACUCAACUCCAAAGCUCCAAAGAAGCCUAUACAGGUGGUCUAUGUGCCCUCUCAUCUUUUCCACAUGCUGUUUGAGCUCUUCAAGAAUUCCAUGCGGGCAACAGUGGAGCUCUAUGAAAACAGCAGUGAGGGGCUUCCUCCAGUGAAAGCAAUGGUUACUCUGGGAAAAGAGGAUCUUUCAAUAAAGAUUAGUGACAAAGGUGGCGGUGUCCCCUUACGAAAGAUCGAUCGUCUCUUCAAUUACAUGUAUUCCACUGCUCCAUCACCACGUCUGGAUCCUUCACAAACUGCUGUCCCACUGGCUGGUUUUGGCUACGGACUGCCAAUCACUAGACUCUAUGCACGCUACUUUCAGGGAGACUUGAGCCUGUACUCGAUUGAAGGGUUUGGGACAGAUGCAGUAAUUCAUCUUAAGGCUCUUUCUAGUGAGUCUUUUGAGCGUCUUCCAGUCUUCAAUAAGUCAGCAUGGCGACAUUAUCAGACAGGUCCUGAGGCUGAUGACUGGAGUAACCCGAGCAGCGACCCACGAGAUGCAUCCACAUAUAAAGCCAACAGAUGACUUUACUGUACCUACUACAGUAAUAGUGAUGGAAUUACAGCAGCCAAGCAUUUACAGAACACUGCCAGAUAAGGAAAAUUUAUUCUAGGCCUUUAUAGGCCAUUUCGAACUGUCUGAAAAUAAUAGUUUUACAUUAGUGAGAGUGUGGAGCAUGUUGGAAGAGUGUUACGUGGAGUAACAUUAAUACAGUAGCUUGUUAGUACUGUAUGAUGUACCAUGUGGCAUUUUUUAAAUUUGCUUUUGUAUGCUAAAUUAAUUUUUGUGGGAGGUUUGCCUAUAACUUUUUAAGUUUUUGGGUCAGUAAGACUUUUAUUGAUUUUUAUUGAUUUUUUUUUAAAAAGGACACAUUAAAUUGAUCAAAAUGAUCAGUAAAGACACCGAUAAUGUUAGAAAAGUUUUCUAAUAAAUGCUUUGCAUGAAAAUGCAGUCUUGGGCAGAAGAGACAUCUUUCAAAAAAACCUUCGCAACCCCAAAUUUUGAAUUGACGUGUAAAUUAUUAUGAAAUUACAUUUACUAUAAAAUACUUUUCAAGUAUUUAGACAGAUUAAUGUAACAACAGCGCAUGGUUUUUAGUUUCAGUUUCCACCCAGUGUAUUUUUUCGGUCAGAUAUUUUCAUUUCAGUGCAUUUCUAAAUUCUUCUGAAGAAACAUAAUGCAAAAGCACUGAUAGCACUUUAAGGUGAGUUUUGGAUCCAGUUUAAGCACAAUGGUAUUAUGGAUUAAAGCCCAUUUGUAAUAGAAUGUGACUCAUGACUGGAGUAAUAUUUCAAUAACAUUGUGUUGCAUGUGUGUAUUGAGAGCAUGCCUUUCAAUAUAGGCAUUUAUAAUGUAGUUUUUUUGUACUAGUUUCAAAAUAUUCCUAUAUUUGUAUUGUACAUGUCAUUGUCAGUAUCCAUCCAUCAGUAUGGAAACUGUCAAGAAACAUACUAGCAUA